GUGUAGCCGAUGCAGAAAAGAAAUUUAUCACCAUUGAGGUAGUGGCAAGAGGUAAACAAAGCGAUGGUGGGACAUUUGCCUCUUCAUCGUUAUUCAAACAUUUGGAAUCAAAUAGUUUAAAUAUACCACCGAACCAAAAUCUACCAGGAACAAACAUUGAAGCACCAUUUGUGUUUAUCGGAGAUGAAGCUUAUCCAUUAAAAUCGUACUUAUUAAGACCUUAUCCUAGUCGUAAUUUGAAUCAAAUUAAAGAAAAUUUUAAUAAUAGAUUAUCGGCAGGAAAAGAUAUUGAGGUUGAUUCAAAGAGAGCUGCAGUAAUAAUAAAAUGUAUUUGUAUUUUACAAAAUUUGAUAAGGACAAAAGAUGGGGAUAAUGAUAUUGACUAUUACCACAUAACCCAAAAUCAAGGAAGUCAACAAAACGAGAUAGAAAAUAAUUUUGAAGGAAGGAACCCAAAUUAUUCACAACAAGCAAAAGAAUCGAUCAUUCCACAAAAUUGGUCUCAACUGAACUUCGGAAAUUAG